AACAACUCUUUCACACUGUCCACAUCUCGUGGAGUGUGCCAUUCCCGCUGACACCAUGGAUAACUUCCAGACCGUCCUGCGGUUCUUCAUGAACCAGAAGGCCACCAUUGGCUACAGCUUCAUGGCUCUGUUGACUAUAGGCGGGGAGCGUGUUUUCUCCAUGGUUUCCUUUCAGUGUCCGUGCAACCAUGAUCAGAACUUUGCCUAUGGGCUGACUUUCCUGUUGGGCCCGGCUGGCGUGCUGCUGAUUUUAGGUCUCUUCUUCAGCACCAGGCUGUGGAGGCUGUAUACCGGCUGCUGCCUGAACCCCAUGAAGCUGUGCCCCCGGGGGAACUGCUUUAGCUCACUCAGGGUUUUUAUGAAUAUCUUCAGUGGAGCCUGUGUGGCUCCUAUUAUGUGGCUCUGUGUGGCCCUGCUCAAUGGGACCUUUUAUGAGUGUGCUGUCAGCGGUCUGGACGAUAACCUGGUGGUGGAUCUGUUCUGUAAAAACAAGACUCUGAGGUGUCGGGAGGAGCUGGCCCGGGUGCCCUGUGACCGCUCCAAACUUACUGCUGAUGAGCGGAUGGAGCUGCUGCUCAUGUUCCGAGCCCAGUCACAGAUCCUCGGUUGGUGCAUCAUCAUAAUUUCUGCAUUCGUGGGCCUACUGGGUACCUGCUACACAAACUGUCGCUCCAAAGUCAGCUACCUGCAGCUCACAUUCUGGAAACGCUAUGUGGAGAAAGAGAAGGAGUGCUUCGAUACCUUUGCUGCGGAUUACGCAAACAAACUGGCCGAAAGAAACCUGCAUAGCUUCUUCGGGAACAACGACCCUGCUCCGUUCCCUUUCCCCAAUCACAGGGCAUGGGAGGAGAUCUCUGCACUGCACACCUUCUCCAGGAGCGAGCAGUAUUACAGCACCCUGCAGCGCUACGUGGAGAGGACAGACAGGGACUUCACGCCAGAGAAGAGACCUGUGUUGGACGUUGAGCAUGGAAUAGAAAUGCACUGACUGUGGGGACAAUGUUAGCUAAUAACCACUGUUUGUAUUUAACUCUCAGUUUAUUGUAUGUGUGGUCUGACUCAGGAAAAGCUUCCUCCUCACUGAGAAUGCUGCCACUUACUUUGUUGCACAAAACAAUGUGACCAAAUUGCAAUGGUACUAUAUCUUCCAUAAACACAUGAAGGGCAUAACCACUAUCGUAUAGUCGCUAUUUCACACUGCAUGCAUGUGAGGUGUUCUAUUUCAAUCUAAUAAACACACUUACAGGAACAUCGGAAAACACUGAGGUCAUGUCCUGGCAGGGUUCGGAGUUUUUUAUUUAUUUAUGUCUUCUGUUACAACUACUGUAACAAAUAUAUAAUCAGUAACCUAAUCGGAGCAUCACAAUAUAAAAGUAAUGCAACUUUCUGUCACUUUUUUAAUACCUCAAUAUCAAAUGCAAUGCAAAUAAAUACGUGAGAAAUUA